CAUGCAUUUUUUUUUCGUGCCCUCGAAAUCACUUGCAGGCGUUUAAUUCGCAAACCUUUUGGUUUACAUAAACUCUUGCUUCAAGCUCACACUAACAGUAAUAAUACUUUAACCGAGGCUCUUGAAAGUAUAUAUAAUAUGGCGUUACGAAAAUCAUUGAACUGGAAUAUAUUGAAACUAACUCGAAAGAAACGAAAGUAUAGCAACCUGCAACAUUUAAAUGGCGAAUUGCUCAUACUUUGACCUUCGGUUUGGAUCAAUACCAGUAACAUUACAUGUAUUAAUCUUAUAUAUGCAUCGACCCCUUCCAGCCUUCUCGAGCGAGAUAUAUUAUUGACGUUCUGUUUUCUAGUGUUCAGCGAACCACCGAAAUUCCUUUGUGUUUGUCUGUUUGAUGAUAUCAAAGAGAGCGUCAAGAGAUCGCAGGAGUUCAUUCUUUUGUUGCAACCUUCAUGGGGGAAACAAAUUGUUAAGAAAUCGAGCGAUAGUUACAGUACUGGUACAAGAGAGGGGGAGACAAUUACUUGUCAAUAAAAGUAUUGUUGGGAGGGAGAAAAAAACGCCGGGGCCUGAAAGAUUAAUGAGUGCGAUAAGGAUUCGACGAGAGAGUCAGUGUGCCAGGCAACGAGAUCAAAUCAGCCGUCCAUGGAAAGUUGCAAGAACUCACUGCCCGAAAUCGCAAAGAGAAUGAUUUCGCGGUAAACAGGCAACUCGCAAAGGUUUAACUUGAAUUUAUUUUGGGUUUGACACUGAGUUUCGAGAUUUUCUCUCAUCGCGUAUAAUUGGGAAUAAUAAAGCACAUCGGAUGGAAAUAUGGAAGGAGCUCCGAGGCAAAUCAGCGUAGCUCUACCAAGUAUGAACAGUCCUCGAGCAGCAGUGGCGCGACAGAGUGUCCAGACAGCGCUCAAUCGAUCCAUUCCCGCACAGGGACAGGGAUUAGAAGACUUCACCAAACCACUUUCCCGGACCAACAAGAGGAUACCCUCCCCGAGAAUGGUCAGAACUGCACCCAAUGUCAACCCAAGUGUUGCCACAAAUGAAUUUGUCGGGAGAACAAGGACAGGUCCGAGUCGGCAACCGGCAAAGACCAGUGUGGUGGACUUUGGAGGGAUCCCCCUGCACCCUCGGGAGAGGAUGAAUGUCCGGGGAAUCGAUGGCUUUUAUCCUCCACUCCGGAUGAAGUCGGGAACGGGAACGGGAAAAUUCGCAGUGUCCGAGCCGGUGUCGACAGCGUGGGGACCAAAAUUUGGACCACAGGAAACCGACCUGUCGUCACCAUCAACAACGUCAUUGCAGCAAUACAACAUAGAACUCUCGCCCAAUCAAUCCGAUCUGGGGCCUGAUAGCAUACCAAACUCAAAUUCCAAUACAAACUGGUUACAAAAACGAAACAAUGAACAAUCAAACAACGCUGUUAACAACUCUUCAUUACAAGGUAAUACUGCCAAAACUUCUCGGAAUACUUACCACACCUCUCCGUCCCCUGACGUGACCGGACUCCAACAACCCAAGAAGCCUGAUGCGGCCUGGGUGAGGGCCUUCAAGGUCAAACAGCAUCGCAACAACCGCUACAAGGAGAUGGAGACGGGCGCGAAACCGACGUCGAGUUUUGAAGAUGGAAAUCGGAGAUGGGGUUUGCCUGACUGAAAUGGACCCAGAGUGACUGAUCAUUAUUAUUUAAAAGAAAAAUCUUGCAUGCCUCGGAUUUGUACAACAGGAAAUCUCAAGAUCAGGGAAGCAGGAUUCCAUGAAACAAAUAUAGUGAUUUUUUUACUGACUAUUUGUUAUAAGCUACUGAAAUCCUUGCAUCUGAUUGGCUAAGAGAAAAUAGGUCAGUUAAAUCACUGACAAAACUUUUUAUGAAAAACCUUCCUGAAAUUGGUGAAAGAAAACUGGAUUUCUGACCAUAAAAAUCCCCCAAACAAAUAAGUUUUUAGAAAGGAAUAUAAAGUGCUAGACCGUUUUCGAUACUUGCAUGGUAGAGUGAACGGUAGACUGUGGGUUAGUCUCUUGACAAUUAAUAAUUACUGAAUAGGGGGUAUCAUUAGGUAUUUAAUUGUUGAUAUAGAUUUGGUAGACUUAUAUUUCAUAGCAAUAAGUGAAGGUAAGUUAAUAUUCAAGACAGGAACAUAUAUAGGCAGCUGCACUAUUAUGCUACAAUUAAAAUAAUAUUUAUUUUUAUAUUUUUGAGUUCUAUUUUUAUUUUGAUUUCGUCUUGAUAAGUAAUAUUCAGAAUAAACAUUUACAUUAACAUUCAUGAAAACAGUAAAAUAAUAACAAGAAAUAAUAUUUCGAUACAAAUACUAUUUACAUAGAAAGAUUUUAAGUUAUUUUUGUUUAAUGAGUAGAAAUCACCUAUUCAAAGGAGGCCAAGUUAUAGAAAGAGCAUUUUUCAUUGUGUUGUGGGUCGGUUUUUUUUUAAUGAAUGUUUGUUUUUGUAACACAUAUUAGUGCUUCUUGCUGUCCAUGAUUUGUGAAAUGUGCUGAGAAAAAAAAGUCUGUCGCAAGUUUUGAAAUGUGAUUUUGUAUUAAUUUUCUUGACUGUAAUUUUAUAACAGUACAUCCAUAAUGAUGUAAUAUCCCUUAAUCAAUCAAAAUUGUUAACUUUAAAAUUCGAUUUCUGCACGUUGAAUUCAUAAUUUUAUUUUACACUUUGGGUGUAAUAGUAUUCUUUUUUUAAUAAAGAGAUAUGAUAAUGAUUUUGACAUUUCAAAUCUUAAAAUGAAGGAAAUCAUGUUAUUUAUUAUUUCGUAUACAUGAAACUAUUUUCAAAUUACUUUAGUUCUUUGGUGUUAUAUAACUUUAAAUGGCUCAAUUUUUCAAUAAGUUUUAGAACUGAGCAAUUGAGAGGUAUUUUGUGAGUGUUAAAAUGGAAAUAACAACCUGUUUGUAUGUUUAGAUUAAAAUUAUCAUAUGCAAUAUAUUUUUAUCACUGUUAUAGCUUUGUAUUUCCAAUGCUACGAUAAUAUAAUUCCUAAUCUGAUAUAUGAGUUUUAAUACUAUUUCGUUUGUAAAUAAAGGAAUGAAUAUAAUUCUGCAUAUAAAAUGAA